GAGAGAGAGAGAGAGAGAGAGAGAGAGUGUGUGUGAAUACUUGUUUAGUUUCAACCCAAACGUCGCUGACUGCAUUCUUCUCUUUGCGUGUGGCGCGAGCAGAGCGUCGGAGAGAGAGGGACGGAGUGAGAGAGACAUACAUAGGCUACAGAGACAGCGAAAUUAGAGAGUCCGAGAAGAAGCUGAAACUUCACUGCAGACGCUCCAGCACAGACCCCUCCAUGCCCGAGCCGGGAGCGACUCCGCGGCGAAGCCCGCAGGGAGUUCCCUACACCGACCUCCAGCACAUCGUCAACGCCGACGGACUGCACCUGUUCUGCCGUUACUGGGAGCCCGCCGGCCCGCCAAGGGCUCUGGUGUUUAUUGCCCACGGAGCUGGGGAGCAUUGUGGGCCGUAUGACGAGAUUGCACAGAGACUGAAGGAACUGUCCCUGCUGGUAUUUGCACACGACCACGUGGGCCAUGGUCAGAGUGAAGGAGACAGGAUGAACAUCAAAGACUUCCAGGUUUACAUCAGAGACUCCCUGCAGCACAUUGACCUGAUGAAGUCGCGCCACCCAGACCUGCCCGUCUUCAUCGUGGGUCACUCCAUGGGUGGUGCUAUCUCCAUCCUGACGGCCUGUGAGAGGCCCAAUGAUUUUGCUGGAGUGGUUCUGAUAGCUCCGAUGGUCCAGAUGAACCCAGACUCGGCCACACCGUUCAAGGUUUUUCUGGCGAAGGUCCUUAACCACAUGGUGCCCAGCCUCACUCUGGGCUCCAUCGAUUCCAAAUGGAUCUCACGGGACAAGAAGCAGGUGGAGGCAUAUGACGUUGAUGAGCUGAACUUCCACGGUGGCAUGCGGGUGUCGUUCGGCAUGCAGCUGAUGGGGGCGGCGGCGCGCAUCGAGAGGGAGAUCCCAUCCAUCAGCUGGCCCUUCCUGCUCUUGCACGGCGACAACGACAAGCUCUGCGACAUCAGAGGCUCCAAGAUGAUGUACGAGAACGCUCCGAACUCAGACAAGAAAAUCAAGGUCUACGAGGGAGGCUACCACGCCCUUCACCACGACCUCCCAGAGGUGGCCGAGUCCGUGCUGAAGGAGGUGACCAGCUGGAUCACAGAGCGCCUCCCCGCUACGACAUCACCAUAACCGCACCGCUCCUAGAAAAGUGACUUUGACAACCCAUUCAGCGCUCCAAGGCAACUGCCAACCUAGUCCCAAGAGGCCUGCUCAUUUUCCAGUAGUCCAGCAUAACAAUACUACUACUACUACACUCUCCGGUCUGGGAAAUACAUUUUCUCAGUGUAGAAAGUUUACUGACGUUAUCCUCCAGGCACAUGCUGUACGGAAAAGAAUAUUUCCACAUCCCCUGUGCAUCUAUCAAUCAGCCCAAGUUACACUGAUUUAAAUUAGAUGAUGGGGUCAGAAACUACUUCUUAUUGGAGAAACUCAGCAGCAGUGAGUGCAUUAGACCUCACUGAGGUGCAGCUCAAGUUAAAUAAAGUUUAAGCUAUAGUAUCCUGGGUUUUGAAGUGCAAUAAUUAAGUUUCCUCCUCCUCAUUUAUACACACAAGCCAGAUAUUUUUAAGAAGUAAUGACAAGUGUAAUAUAAUAUAUUAUAUAAUAUAUAUCCUUUUUGCUCAUCCACCCUUAACAGACAGAUCAGAGGUCAGGAUCAGCUGGAGGACAGCACAUCUGGAGCUGCUGUGGUUUCAGUGCAGGGUGAAUACUCAAUAGCUAGGUCCUCACACUGCUUCACUAUCUUCACGGUGUCAGCAGUUAUGUAACACCAGUGGACACAAUACAGGUUUUCUGUGAGACAGUUUUGUUAGUGCUUGCUUAGAAGCAUUCUUCCGAUUUGGUGGCUCAGGAGAAACUGUCAUCUUCUCAGAAAACAUCCGCAACCUCUCUUCAAAAUCUUCUCUGUCCCUUCCUUGAUUACACUGUUUUAAAAAUGACCUAAAAUACCACUGUUGACACAUCUAGAGUCACUCAGAAACUUAAACUGUAAGCACAUUGGGAUUGGGUGUAUGUACAACAAAUCCUCUUUUCUCCCGACUUUCUCCGCAUCCUUCCCUUUUCUUUGGCCCAAAGACAGAUGCUUGGCACUGAUACAUUACAUACAGUAUGAAGAUUGGUGUCAUCCAUCCAUUUAAAUCUAGUCCUAAUAUAUUCAUUUGGCAUGUUGUUUUAAGUGAAUUGUAAAAUGAAUCCUGGCAAAAUAUUUCAAGUCUUGUAUAUUUUUACCUCCUAUAAAGUGAGGAUUUACAGCCAAAGGAUUAUUUCCCCCACCACCUCCAUUGAUUGAUCAAGUUACCAAUGGACAAAUUCACUUUUCAUAUAAAGUACUAUACUUCUUUCAGAGAGCCAGUUAAGAGUGUAGGGACAUGAAGAGGAGGCAGCUUAACCAGGUGAAGCUGCUCUCUCUCUGUAGGUGGGAAAUAGAGGAAAAGAGCAAAGUUCAAAAGGUCCCCCCAUGUGAUCUUUGACCUUUAAGGUCACAGUUGAUUUUGGGUCAUUCUCUGCAGCUAUAAAUUCAUUAAGCUCAGACUGCAGACAAGGGCCCAGCUGGAAAACGAAAGGGACCCAUCGCUCUGUUAAUGUUAACAAAAGACUAGAUUUCCUCUAUUCACUCAGCAUCUGUCAUUUGGUGGAUACUUUUAUCCAAAUCACCUUUAAGUGAUAUGAAUGUAUGCAUUUCUUGCGUGGGUGGCCACUGUGGGAAUCCAAUCGUCUCAGGACAGUGCUGCAGUCAUACUUCUAUGGGAAUGCAGGAUGAUCUCUAGAAUAGAUUCCAGACAAUGUGAUAAGGAAAAUGAUAUCACUGAGAGUAAAACUUCUGGCUUCAAAAACACAAGUGAAGAUUGUACUUAAACCCCAACAGCAAUCUAGUAUAUAGUCCAUACAUUUAUGUUGUCACAUAUAGAGAUAUUGGCUUUCUACAAUGAAAAACUCUCUUUGUAGACUGAUUUCAGUACUGAGACAUCUAUAUUUCUCCAUCAGAAUUUUAAGACUUUGAAGCAGCUUUUAUAUCCUCAUGUUGGAAAAAGAAUAUAUACUAAUAUAAGAAUAGACUUUCUGCCUUCUAGCUACUAACAUGAAUGGUGUGGCUUAGGUUUUUUAAUCCUCUAAAUCCCAUCUACAGUACAGUACAAAGGGUAAAGCAGUCAAGCUAACAUUUCCCCUUUCCUUUUCUCUGUUCCCAAAGUAUAAACCUGUCACUUCUUAAAGUGUUUGCAGCAGUGUGCAGUACUUCAAGUCAGCCCUGGCUUCAAAUAGGUUUUCAAAGAAACCAUAGCAAUAAUGUCACAGUAGCCUAUAUUUUUGAUAGCCGUUAAUUAUAAGCUAUACAGACCAUUUUAUAUUGUCAGGUAGACUGUAAUUAGCAGGUUUUGCUACGCCCGCUAAGCUUUUCCCACCUAUUCAGCAAGCAUGACAAAGUUUCAGCAGAGUCAAGAGUUUUAAAGUAGCACGUGUUCGUCCAUCCACAACACCAAAUGUUGAAAGGGAGCAAACAUUUUGUUUGUUGACUUCAGACAUCAUGCAUGUCCUGUAGAUAAUACAUCUUUUGCAGUUCAUAGAAGGAGACUCAUCUGUGUCCCCCCUGGCUUUUUAGGAGUUUUCUUUAUCACCCAGAGUUCAAAAAGACUCAUGCAGAGAGUGUAGGGGAAGCACAGUGUUGUGUCCACGGUGACCGUUACUGAAGUGUAACCGUGGCAGCAGGCCGGCGGCAAGGUAGAUUUUUUUUAAAUUCCAUUUUACAUGUGUAGUAACCACGGUGAUCACUACAAGAAUAAUAGAAUGAGAUGAGUUUCUGGCGUCAUGCCUGCUCUGUCUCUUUUUCUUUCUAACUUUCCAUUUCCUCCCUCUGUCUCUCCCUAUCACACCCCACCAUGUCACAACCACCUUUUUUUUUUUUUGUUGCUGUGGUGACCAGCGCUCUUUGUUCUGUCCAUCACAGGGCCCCUUGUUCCACUGCUGAUUAUUACAUCUCGUAAUGUCAGCCACCCACACUGUCCCUAGUGGACAAUUGUCAGAACUGCAACAGGUUGCAUGACAUUUGUCAUUUUUUUUUACAGCUGGCUUUAAACCCAUCAAAUUACUUCAGGGACACAAAAACUUAACAUUUCUAAGUCUGUAUGCGAGAGUGUGACCUAUUUGUCGCCCGCUAACAUGCCCUGCAGACAUUUUCCAGCUCUAAUGUGUUUUGAUUCUUUAUUUUCUCUGAUGUUUGCAAACUGUUCUCUGAUCGUGGUAUUGAAACAACGGAGUUGCAUUGGAAAAUGAGAGAUGAAUGAAUUGAAAUCAGCAGGAUAAUGAAGGCAAGGCAAGUUUAUAUUGUAUAUUUCGAGGAUAGAAAAAAGUAAAUAAACAGAAUUGAGUUGAGGAUGCAAGUGCAUCCUCUUCUCCGUUUUCUCAGGCAUCAGAAGACAUUUUGCUAGACCGAAUAUCAUGUUACACUGCCAUGGGUGCAGACAUAAAAUGAGAUGUAAUGUAUUCAUUGGUCCCAGUGGGAGUCAGCCCUUAACUUCAACCCCAUAUCAGAAGCACUUCAAACACAAUCUCCUCCUGAUUGCGCUUCAGCAGGCACAGCACACACAACAGCUGCACAGUCCCAGUUGUAUUCAAACUGCUAAUAGCACCCCUGCUGCACAAUGGAUUCAGACUUGCAGGAUCCUAUGUAACAGUACAUUUAAAAAGCUCUACCUGUAAGACCACACAAGUGCAUAUACUGAGAUGAAGAUGGAGUGAGAGGAGAAGAGAGAGAAAAAGACAAGAGAAGUGGUCAGUAACCAUGGCAGCACGUUUUUUUUCUUUUUCUCUCCGAAAUCACCCAGUAACAAAUGUGUAUUUGUUAAUGGUGCAGGAUGUAAAGCAGACGUUGCUGCGCUUUCAGACCUGGUUGUCCAUUAUGCUGCUCUGAGGAUUCCCUUUUGUGUGAGCAUCGAGAUAAGAGAGCAAACAAGUACCGUCAGCAGCUCACAGUGAAUAAUAAGAGCUGCACACGCUCACUGAAUUCAAAUCAGGCUGGUCUGCUGUUUGAAGAAUUAAUAGAAUUAAUUCUUUGGAAUUUUAAGGCUAAAAUGUGUUUGUUUUUUUCAAAGGAGUUUGUGUAUUUUGCCCCAUCUAUCCAUUGUCUUGAUUCAAAAGUGAUGGCCGAAAGUCUAUAAGUGAAUUUAAGGAGGAAUCCACCACUUUUGCUUUAGAUUUCAUUUUUAUUCAUCUGUCUUAAAGGUAUGUAACCCCUGACCCUUUGUACUGCAAGCCUCCCCUGUGCAUGCCAAUGUUAUUUUCUACUGGCUUCUAUACUUAUACAAGCAUGAAUUGUAUGCAGGUUUGCCAUAGGGCCUACUGUGAUAUAGCCAUGUACAGAUGCAUUGCUCUGUUGAUAUGUUAUAAUCCACAAGACUGUUAAUAUCUUUUCUAUUCAGGACAGACAUUCUAUGUUAUGUAAGGGAUAGAAAAUAACAAAGGCAGGGAAACCGCUGAGUCUGAUUGGUCUGCAGCUUUUCUGACAAAGCGAAAUUCAAUUGGCCAGCCAGCUUGUGAAUGGGGCUGUUGUUGUUUUUUUUGUCUCGACUUUAUGACUGUGUCUAAGAAAAGAGAUGUUAUAUAUGGUGGAGGACUAAGGGGCACAGGCCAGUCUUUCUGUCAUUUUAUGAGAUUAAAGCACUGUGCACUGGAAAGAUUCAGUGCACAGUUUGCGUGAAUGAAGUCGAGCAUCAGGGCUCAAGUAGACAGCAAGAAUUGAAGAGGUCUUCUCCAAAAUGCAUUAAAUAAAAAAAUAGGUUCUAUCUUAAGUUCAUCAUCAUCAUCAUGUCUGUAAAAUACAGAUCCAGGUUGUCAUAAUUUCCUUCCCUGGGACUUAAGUUACAUACUAGUAUAUAAAAUUGUGACAUUGAAAAUGCAGAUAUCAUUUUCAAAUGAUUGACAUUGCAUUUUGGAACAAAACCCUCAUUCAAAUCUUGCUAUUUUAGCAACAAGGUUGAUUCAUUUGAUUUAUCUGUAGUGGCCAGACUGCUUGAUUACUGAACAUAAUUGUAAUACACUGUAUAGUAGCAUAGGAUUGCUAACAAUGCUUGAUGAAAAUACGAAAAUCAUAUGUAUUUUACAAAUCUUUUAAUUAUCUUGCCGAAUGUAUUUAAAGGAAUUACUUUUAUGUAUAGGCUACCAUAUAUUGAUUACACGUCAUGACAAGGCACUUUUUAAUACCAUAAACCGGUCAUAUUAUGUACUUUUUACUGUUGAUGCUCAGCUACAUGAAGCUCCAUAAUACUUUUUGAGAUGGAAACUGUUUCAAGAUUGUAUGCACAGUCAGCAAUCCCAAACAUGUAUGACAAUGUUUCUGAUAUGAUUUUGCAUAUAGAGUAUUUUACUACAGUGUGUUGAAGGCAGCAUUGUGUUGAAAAACAAACUAAAGUCUUUGUGCAGUUUGUCACAGAACUAUUAAUGUUUAAACCAUCUAAUAAUAGAAUGUUUUUGUUAAGAUCUUAACAACAGGGUGUUAUUGCUACAGGUUUGGGAAAAUCUUGUACUUCUUUCCCAAAUUUGCCUUUCAGAAACUUAACUCUCACUUUAAUGUAAUCUUGAGGUAUCUCCUCUUUAAAAAAUGUAAAAUUAAAUGGACACGAGUGAGAGACAUAAUGUAGCUCUCUGCAUUCAUAAAACCAUCUGUUACAUCUCAGAUCAAAGACAAUUUGGUCAAAUCAUGUUUGAGGACUAAAUUGCAGGUAUCAGAGAUUUUUAUGGGAACACUAUUUUUUAAAUUGUGGUCAAGUGUUGUUUGUGCCUUUAUUACUAUGAUGAUUGUGUAUCUGAGCGUGUAUUUGAGUGUGUGUGUGUGUGUGUGUGUGUGUGUGUGUGUGUGUGCGUGUGUGUGUGUGUCUGUGUGUUUUGAUAUAGAUGAACUAUACAGAGCUGCGUUAAGCAGAACAGUUUCUCUUGGUUUUCUGGUUGUCAGACCUGUUCUGUUUGAGUAAUUGGGUCUGUCUGCUUGUCUUUCUCCUGUCUAUUUAUGUCUGUCUGUCUGAAUUUCUGUCCAAUCCGGAGUCUAAGCAGAUUUGGGUCAGAAACAGUUACAGCUCAUAAAUACCUCCCAGCUCCUUUAAACGCCUGUUUUGUUUGCCUAAAGACACCCACAUUAUGAAGAAACACAAUACUUUACAUUAAAGGUGAGGCUUUUGCCCCCAUUUGGGUUGCUAUAAUUAUCGUGUGUAAUAUUUUGAACUUAUCCGUUUUUUUUCCCAUUGGUUUUCAACAGAAAACAGGAAGUUCUGUCCAUCACAUGAUAAUAACACAAGGAUUUGAAAUACAACAAGAACCAGUUUUUCCAUCAAGAAUGCCUGUAGAAUGGUUUCAUUCUUCAUCCUUGACGUUAUUUGUACAUGUUGAAAUACUGUUGCUGUUGCAAAAAUGACAAAACAUUUCAAACUUUGAGUCAAGGCAAGUGUUGAAUGAAGAUACACUAAUAAAUUAAAUAAACAUAGUUCUUUUUUUUUUUUUUUGGAGGACCCUAAAAACACAAAAGGCUGCAUCAGUAAUUGUUUUUAGUUUUUUUAAAGGUUGAACAUAUAUAUAUAUACAUUUUAUUCAAGCAAAAACUAUACAAUAACUAGCGCUAAAACAUUCACAGUUGGCUUCUGUAUCUUUGGCAGAACUGGAGACAAACUUUAACAUGCUUUGUCAUUACUUGUACUGUCACUCUUCACAUAGCACAAUAUUUAUGAACAAACAAAUGCUUCUGGCCAUAGUUACUGGUACUGGUAAAUAUCUAGAUUUUAAUUGGCUCUAAGGAGGCAGAAGCUGAAAAGUCAGAUGUGAAAAAUUGGAAGAUGAAGUGUGAAUUGUUGCCAGGCAAAGCCAUCCCAUCGACUCAUACAGUGAUAGUGAUAGAGAAACGACUGCUACAUUUUUCCAUUAUAUUAUGGGAAAACAUUGUAAAUCAAUCCCUAACAUGAUCAUGCAUUGACAUAAAAUAUGAAGUCAACUGGAGUCUGUGUGGUAAUAGGCAGCCCAUCAUGGACCAAAUAGCGUCACAUUCUAGAGUCUUCCUUGUAAAGUAUGUGUUGUUUGUUUAAACAGUUUACUAAAUACUGAUGACAACUAAAUGACAGUAUACCCCAAAACUUUAAUUUAACUCAAAUAAUAAUAAACAGUGUCAGAAUCCUAAACAUUUUACUGAUGUAGUAAUGAGUCACUUCAUGAUAAGUUGAGUAUCAGCAUUAGACAAUUAAAUUCAAGUGUGACAAAAAUACUGUAAAUAAAAUGUAAUAAUCAAA